AUGGGAGACGGAUGCGCAAGUAUGCAAAUUCGGCAUGCCAAUUCGACAGUCAUUGCUGAUGUAGUGUCCAUUGGCAUCUGGCCCGCAAUGUUUGGUGAUAUCCAAGCUUUCAUUGAAUGUCUUGCUCAAUAUGGUGCGACUCUGAUGCAGGGGACUAUGACCCCGCAAUGCGACAGUACAAGUGAUCCCGUACAUAGGUACCUUUAA